CCCAUGCCGGGAAAUCCCCGCCUUCUGUGGCUCCUGGCUGUCACCUUCUCCUCGGUUCCCAGAGCGCAGCCCUUGGCGGGAGACGGGGAAGAAGAGGAGCAAGAUGAGACACCUCUGCCGGCUGUCCCCUGCGACUACGACCGCUGCCGCCACCUGCAGGUGCCCUGCCAGGAGCUGCAGAGGGCCGGCCCGACGACGUGCCUGUGCCCUGGCCUCUCCAGCGCCACGCAGCCGCCCGAGCCGCCACGCCUGGGGGAAGUGCGCAUGGAGGCCGAGGCGGGCCGCGCCGUGGUGCACUAGUGCGCCCCCUUCUCCCCGGUCCACCAGUACUGGCUGCUGCUUUGGGAAGGCGCCGGGGCUCCGCAGAAGGGGCCCCCUCUCAACUCGACGGUCCGCCGAGCGGAGCUGAAGGGCCUGAAGCCCGGGGGCGCAUACGUCGUCUGCGUGGUGGCCUCCAACGCGGCCGGGGAGAGCAGCGUGCCCGGGGCCGAGGGCCUCGACGGCGCGGGCGGCCCCGCCUUCGGGCCCUGCGGCCGGCUGACUGUGCUGCCGAGGCCACUCACGCUGCUGCACGGGGCCGUGGGCGUGGGCUCGGCGCUGGCCCUGCUCAGCUGCUCCGCCCUGGUCUGGCACUUCUGCCUGCGCGAGCGCUGGGGCUGCCCCCGCCGAGGCCGCCCGAGCGGCGCGGGACUCUGAGGCCGCCCGGGGGCCUCUCCGGCCAAGCUAAGCCCGGCGCCACUCCGGGGGAGGUGGCGGCCCCCGACAGACGGCGGGAUGGAAGGCCGGGCGCUGGGCCCCCACUGAGUCGGUUCAGGCCCCAGACUUUCCACUCUGCCCCGAGCUUAGGUUUAGGAGUAGAGAAGGUCAGCAAAUUUUUUCUUAAGGGACCAGAAUAAUUUAGGCUUUGUGGUUCCAGGGGAUAAAAUCGAAGAUAUCCUGUAGUUCUUACACAACCAUGUAACCAUUUAAAAAUGUAAACAUCAUUCUUAGCUCUUGGGCCUUACAAGUCAGGCCCUGGCCAGAUUCGGCCCGUUGGCUACGGUUAGUCUACUUCUGUCGUACAGCCUCAAAAGGGCCCUGCCACUAUGGGUGGCUUCCGUGGGGUUUUGAGAAUAAGCUGCUGCGGUAUGGAAGUUUGGGGCUAGAGACCACUCCUUCUCCUUCUGCCUUUUUGUUUAGAUAGUGAGGAUGCGCACUGAGUUAGAAUCUACCUGUGUCUGAGGCGGGUGGAAAUAAAUGACUGACAUGGGGUGGAGAAGAGAAGGACUGCCCAAGCUGCUGUCUGGGACAAGCUUGCGGUUUUGCUAGUAAAAUUAUAAUAAUAAUAAUACAAUAAUAGCAAAGGAGUCCCCCUCCCGCAUUUGUGUUUAUUGUAUAUUCACUGUAACAACAUUAAAGGAGAUGUAAAAGGAAAAAAAAAAAAUACUGUGGCUUGAUUUAUGACCCAAGAUGUGAUCUAUCCUGGAGAAUGUUCCGUGUGCACUUGAGAAGAAAGUGUAAUCUGCUGUUUUUGGAUGGAAUGUCCUAUAAAUAUCAAUUAAAUCUAU